AUGAAUGGUGAACAGACAACUCCAAUCGCAGUUACGUGGGGUGUCUUCCCUGGAGCGGAAAUCGCCCAGCCGACAGUUGUGGAUCCUUUGGCGUUCCGGGCAUGGAAGGACGAAGCGUACGAUGCCUGGAUUAAAAACUGGGCUAACAUUUAUCCAAAGGACUCAGUAUCGCGCAAAGUUAUCCAGAAAAUUCAUGACGAGUUCUUCCUGCUCAACUUGGUGGAUAAUGACUUCCAAAAGCCUGUAAUUAUUUAUGAGGUACUAGAGAAAAUGCUCAAAAGGACGGAAGAGAAUAGUACUUCUGCUUAG